UCAGGUCUUGUCAUAGGUUUAGCAUCAAGCAAAAAUGACAUAAUGGACAUAAUAAAAACAAUGCUUGAAAACACAACAUAUAGUAGGUGUUAGUAAUGUCCAAAAGAUGUUGUGCGGCUUCUUGUUACAAUUCAAUUGCUACAAAUCGAGACGUAGAGUAUUUCGGAUUUCCUAAAAGUGCAGAAUAUGCGACGGCGUGGGCUAAAGCAGCAGGGCGAGAAGAUCUUUUAGAAAAAAGCCUGAAUAAUAUUAUAAAAUAUUUUCUAUGUUCUGAACAUUUUACCGACGAAUGUUUCCAAGAUCACCCAAUGAACCGAAAACUCAAGAAGUCAUCACGACCUGUGAUGGUACCAAUACCGACGAUAUUUCAAAACAAUUUUAAUGAAUGUGUCUCAAAAUUACUGAAAGAGGAGCAUUGUUCCUUACCAACUAGUAGUUUUGAGAGACGAGGAAAAGAUUCACAUGAACACACUAUUAAAGAGCUUGCAGUAGAUGACCCAAUACAGGUAUGCGCAGAGUUGGAGGAACCUUUAUUUGUUACAACAGUGGACGAUUUUAUCGUUGGUAACAAUCUAGCAACCAAGAAGGAAAUCACGAGUCAAGAGAACAUGUUGACUUUUGUUGACACUAUUGCUGAACUUCAAGGAAAAUAUGAUUCAGUUAUAAUAGAACUCAUGAAUUGCCGAUUAUGUCUGACAGCAAAAACAAAUGAUCAACUCAUUCCAAUAUAUAAUGAUGGGAAGGAUAUAGCUCACAUACUAGAAAGAAUUAUGCCCGAUACGAUUAAACCAAAUGAUGGAUUCCCUCAACAAAUAUGCCUAGCGUGCCUCGAAGCUGCUACCCAGUGUAUCAAUACAAUUGAAAAAUUCAAAGCAAUUCAGAAUAAAUUAAAAGUAUUGUAGUUAUA